AUGUUACCAAUAAUAAAGACAAACCGAAAUACAUCAAUUUUCAAAUCAGUAAUUUUAAAUACAGUACAAUCUACAAAUGUCUUCUUCAUAUUGCCCUUCUUCGGGCAAAAGAGAUGGAAAUCAAGAGGUAACACAUAUCAGCCAUCAACUUUGAAAAGGAAAAGGAAAUUUGGCUUUUUAUCUAGAGCUAAGUCAAAACAAAAAUCAAAAAUAUUAAAAGACAGGAAAGAAAAAGGUAGAUGGUACCUAUCCCAUUAA